GCUGAACCGGGUGUUCUGUAUUUAUUUUGCUGAAAUAUCAUUAAAUUUCCUUCAUCAUGACUGCCUUCGAGGAGUUCGGCGUCCUCCCCGAAUUGGCUAAAGCCAUCGAUGAAAUGGAAUGGACCUUACCCACGGAUGUUCAGGCUGAAGCGAUUCCUCUUAUUUUGGGUGGUGGAGACGUACUCAUGGCUGCAGAGACUGGUAGUGGAAAGACUGGUGCUUUCUGCUUACCCAUUUUGCAGAUUGUGUGGGAGACAUUGAAAGACAUACAGGAAGGGAAGACCAGUAAAGUGAUAGCGCAAACAUCGUCUGAAUGGACGAUGUCGUUUUUCGAUCGAAACGAUGCGUUGGCGGUGACUCCAGAUGGGCUGCGCUGCCAGUCGAGAGAUCAGAAGAUGUGGCACGGCUGCAGGGCCACGAAGGGCGUGCACAGUAAGGGUGCCUAUUACUAUGAGGCUACAGUUACCGAUGAGGGGCUGUGCCGUGUGGGCUGGUCUACACAAGCUGCAAGGCUGGAUCUUGGCACAGAUCGCGCAGGGUUUGGCUUUGGAGGCACCGGCAAGAAGUCCAAUGCCAAGCAGUUUGAUGACUAUGGUGAAGCAUAUGGAAAGAAUGAUGUCAUUGGAUGUCUGCUCAACUUUAAUGCGGGUGAGAUCCGGUACACAAAGAAUGGAGAGGAUCUGGGAGUAGCAUUUAAAUUAGAUCAGUCCCGUAAAUCGGAUUGCUACUUCCCGGCUGUAGUGCUUAAGAAUGCUGAAAUGAGCUUCAACUUUGGAGCAACACCUUUUAAGCAUCAGCCACCAGCAGGAUAUGUAGCAGUGAAUCAGGCACCCAAGGAGUGUGUCAAAAACAAUGUGGUGCAGGCCGGAGUGGCUACUGAGAGCAAGCCCGCAAACAAUGCGCCGCAAGCUAUCAUUAUUGAGCCAUCGCGCGAGUUAGCAGAGCAGACCUGCAACCAGAUAACCAUGUUUAGGAAGCACAUCGACAACCCGAAGGUGCGCGAGCUGCUGGUGGUGGGCGGUGUAAACGUCAAGGACCAGAUCAGUCAGCUCAACGCUGGGAUUGACAUUGUUGUAGGCACGCCGGGGAGGUUGGAGGAUCUCAUUUCUGGAGGCUACUUAGCACUGACUCACUGCCGCUUCUUCGUCCUGGACGAGGCGGACGGCUUGCUGAAGGCUGGCUACGGCGACAUGAUCGAGCGACUGCACCGACAGAUGCCCAAGAUCACGUCGGACGGCCGCCGGCUACAGAUGGUCGUGUGUUCAGCGACGCUUCACGCCUUCGAAGUUAAGAAGAUGGCGGAGAAACUGAUGCACUUCCCAACGUGGAUCGAUUUGAAGGGCGAGGACGCGGUACCAGAGACCGUUCACCACGUGGUGGCGCUGAUCGACCCGCAGAAGGACCGCUCCUGGGAGACCCUGCGCAAACAAAUAACAACGGACGCGGUUCACGCCAAAGACAACAUCCGCAGCGGGAACACGACGCCCGAGACGCUAUCCGAGGCCGUCAAGAUCCUGAAGGGCGAGUACUGCGUGCGCGCCAUCCGGGAACAUAAGAUGGACAGAGCCUUAAUCUUCUGCCGCACAAAAUUGGACUGCGACAAUAUGGAGCGGUUCCUCAAGUCGUUCGGCACCGAGUUCCCCUGCGUGUGCCUCCACGGGGACCGGAAGCCUCAGGAGAGGAAAGGCAACCUGGAGAGCUUCAAGCAGCAAAGAGUCAAGUUCCUCAUCUGCACUGAUGUCGCUGCUAGAGGCAUAGACGUGUCUGGACUGCCGUUUAUGAUCAACGUGACCCUGCCUGAUGAGAAGUCGAACUACGUGCACCGCAUCGGCCGUGUGGGUCGCGCGGAGCGGAUGGGGCUCGCUAUCAGUCUGGUUUCCACCGUGCCUGAGAAGGUGUGGUACCACGGCGAGUGGUGCUCGACGCGCGGCCGCAACUGCUGGAACACCAACCUCAUCGACGACCGCCCCAAGGGCUGCUGCAUGUGGUACAACGAGAUGCAGUAUUUGGCCGAUAUUGAGGACCACUUGAACGUGACGAUUCAGCAAGUGGAGCCCGAUCUGAAGGUAGCGGCCAACGAGUUCGACGGCAAGGUCGUGUACGGGCAGAAGAGGACGCAGAUAGGCUCUGGGUACCAGGACCACGUGACACAGAUGGCGCCAGUGGUCAAGUCCCUGCAGGAACUCGAGUCGCAGGCGCAGCUCUACUACCUCAAGAUGCACCACAAUGUCACCAUUGCUUAAGCUUUACAUAUAUUUAUUUAUAAGUAUAUAAGUUGCGUGAAUACAACGACUGAUCUUGCGUAA